UCCCAGGUCUUUCUCUGCCUCUGUGGUGGAUAGUGGAGUGUUUCCCAUGUGGUAUUGGUGUGCUGGAUAUCCCUUCACUGGUAGCCUGGUAACAUACACUCCCAGGUCUUUCUCUGCCUCUGUGGUGGAUAGUGGAGUGUUUCCCAUGUGGUAUUGGUGUGCUGGAUAUCCCUUCACUGGUAGCCUGGUAACAUACACUCCCAGGUCUUUCUCUGCCUCUGUGGUGGAUAGUGGAGUGUUUCCCAUGUGGUAUUGGUGUGCUGGAUAUCCCUUCACUGGUGGCCUGGUAACAUACACUCCCAGGUCUUUCUCUGCCUCUGUGGUGGAUAGUGGAGUGUUUCCCAUGUGGUAUUGGUGUGCUGGAUAUCCCUUCACUGGUAGCCUGGUAACAUACACUCCCAGGUCUUUCUCUGCCUCUGUGAUGGAUAGUGGAGUGUUUCCCAUGUGGUAUUGGUGUGCUGGAUAUCCCUUCACUGGUAGCCUGGUAACAUACACUCCCAGGUCUGUCUCUGCCUCUGUGGUGGAUAGUGGAGUGUUUCCCAUGUGGUAUUGGUGUGCUGGAUAUCCCCUCCCAAGGUGCAGGACUUUACAUUUUUCUUCACUGAAUUGUAGCAGCCACUUUUUGAUCCACUUCUGUAGCUUGGUGAGGUCUGCUUCUAGGAAAUACACAGUUAAGGGGUUGAUGGGCAUCUAUCCAUCUAUCAGACCAAGCGGAAAUUUUACCUUCGUCAGCGAGGACCAAGUUACCAAUCUUUGUGUCGUCUGCAAAAUUACUAAUGAGAUUAUUGAGUUCAACGAUGUCACGGAUGAGACUUAUAAACAGCAUUGGGCCAAGAACACAGCCCUGAUUUUGAGCUCAUUUUCAGUAGAUUUUCAGCUCAUUUACAGUAGAUUUUCAGCUCAUUUACAGUAGUUUUUCAGUAGAUUUUGAGCUCAUUUUCAGUAGAUUUUCAGCUCAUUUACAGUAGUUUUUCAGUAGAUUUUCAGCUCAUUAAUAGUAGUUUUUCAGUAGAUUUUGAGCUCAUUUUCAAUAGAUUUUGAGCUCAUUUACAGUAGUUUUUCAGAAGAUUUUCAGCUCAUUUUCAAUAGAUUUUGAGCUCAUUUUCAGUAGUUUUUCAGAAGAUUUUCAGCUCAUUUACAGUAGUUUUUCAGUAGAUUUUCAGCUCAUUUUCAGUAGAUUUUCAGCUCAUUUACAGUAGUUUUUCAGUAGAUUUUCAGCUCAUUAAUAGUAGUUUUUCAGUAGAUUUUCAGCUCAUUUUCAGUAGAUUUUCAGCUCAUUUACAGUAGUUUUUCAGUAGAUUUUCAGCUCAUUUUCAGUAGAUUUUCAGCUCAUUUACAGUAGUUUUUCAGUAGAUUUUCAGCUCAUUUUCAGUAGAUUUUCAGCUCAUUUUCAGUAGAUUUUCAGCUCAUUUACAGUAGUUUUUCAGUAGAUUUUCAGCUCAUUUUCAGUAGAUUUUCAGCUCAUUUACAGUAGUUUUUCAGUAGAUUUUCAGCUCAUUAAUAGUAGUUUUUCAGUAGAUUUUCAGCUUAUUUUUAUUAGAUUUUCAGCUCAUUUACAGUAGAUUUUCAGCUCCUUUUCAGUAAAUUUUCAGUAGAUUUUCAGCUCAUUUACAGUAGAUUUUCAGCUCAUUUUCAGUAAAUUUUCAGUAGAUUUUCAGCUCAUUAAUAGUAGUUUUUCAGUAGAUUUUCAGCUUAUUUUUAUUAGAUUUUCAGCUCAUUUACAGUAGAUUUUGAGCUCAUUUUCAGUAGUUUUUCAGAAGAUUUUCAGCUCCUUUUCAGUAGAUUUUCAGCUCCUUUUCAGUAAAUUUUCAGUAGAUUUUCAGCUCCUUUUCAGUAGAUUUACAGUAGAUUUUCAGUAAUUUUCAGUAGAUUUAAAGAAUUUUUCAAAAGGAGGUAAAAAAUGAAUGUCCUCAAAAACUAAACAAAUUCACAAACAAACAAACAAACACAAACAAACAAACAAACAAACGAAUGAACAAACUUUUCCUCCAAUACGUCUUUUUUUUUUCUUUUGCGUAAUUUUCGGUCAAGAUAAAAAUGCUAAAAAAAAAAAAUAAUAAUAAUAAAGGAAAAAAAAAAAAAUCGAAAAAAUAAAUAAAAUUGCAUUCACUCCCGCACAAAAUUUUAAUCUUAACUCUUUUUUUUUGGAGAUAAUUUUUUUUUUGCAUGUGAUUUUAAUUUUAAUAUUCUUAUGUGCUAAUAGUUGAGAAUAGUAAUAAUAUUUUUUUUUAAUACUAUUUUUAGGGGGAUAAAUUUUUGACCAAAACACACACACACACACACACACACACACACACACACACACACACACA